UGGUUGGCUCAGCCCUGCCCAGGCCAGCUUCCUGCAGCCUCCUACAGGUCGGGAGCCAGGGACAAAGAGGUCCUAGAGGAGGGGAAAGGAGAUUGUGGGGGACAGGCUACUCCUGAUAGAAGGAUGCCGCAGCUGAGCCUGUCCUGGCUGGGACUGGGGCCCUGGGCAGCCUCUCCUUGGCAACUCCUGCUGUUGGCCGGGGCCUCCUGGUUCCUGGCCCGCAGCCUGACCAAGAUCUACACUUUCUAUGACAACUGCUACCGCCUCCGAUGCUUCCCACAGCCCCCCAGACGGAACUGGUUUUGGGGUCACCUAGGCCUGGCCCAGAACAAUGAAGAAGGCAUGCGGCUGGUGGAGGAGCUGGGCCACUGCUUCCGUGAUGUCCACCUCUGCCCUUCCCACCUCUGGAUAGGCCAGGCUGAGCCGGGGAAGGGGCGAUAUCCAAUAAAGACCAUGGCUCUGCCUAUCACAGCUAUGGUUGUACCCAAGGAAAUGGCUUUCUAUGGCUACCUGAGACCCUGGCUGGGGGAUGGGCUCUUGCUGAGUGCCGGUGACAAGUGGAGCCACCGCCGGCGCCUGCUGACACCUGCCUUCCACUUCAACAUCCUGAAGCCCUACAUGAAGAUUUUCAACCAGAGUGUGGACAUCAUGCAUGCCAAGUGGCAACGACUGAUCUCAGAGGGCAGUGCCCGUCUGGACAUGUUUGAGCACAUCAGCCUCAUGACCUUGGACAGUCUGCAGAAAUGCGUCUUCAGCUUCGACAGCAAUUGUCAGGAGCAGCCCAGUGAAUAUAUUGCCGCCAUCUUGGAGCUCAGUGCCCUCGUAACCAAACGGUACCACCAGAUCUUCCUGUACUGGGACUUCCUGUACUACCUCACUCCUGAUGGGCGCCGCUUCCGCAGGGCGUGCGACCUGGUGCACGACUUCACAGAUGCGGUCAUCCAGGAGCGGCGCUGCACUCUGGCUGCUCAGGAUGUUGAUGAUUUCCUCAAGGCCAAGGCCAAGUCUAAGACUGUGGACUUUAUUGAUUUGCUCCUGCUGUCCAAGGAUGAAAAUGGGAAGAAGUUGUCAGAUGAGGACAUACGAGCGGAGGCUGACACCUUUAUGUUUGGAGGCCAUGACACCACGGCCAGUGGUCUCUCCUGGGCCCUGUACAACCUGGCAAGGCACCCGGAAUACCAGGAGCGCUGCCGGAAGGAGGUGCAAGACCUGCUGAGCGACCGUGAUCCUAAGGAGAUUGAGUGGGACGACCUGGCCCAGUUGCCCUUCCUGACCAUGUGCAUCAAGGAGAGUCUGCGGUUGCACCCCCCAGUCACAAUCAUCUCCCGCUGCUGUACCCAGGACGUUGCCCUCCCCGACGGCCGGGUCAUCCCCAAAGGGAACGUCUGUGCUAUCAGCAUCUUUGGGAUCCAUCACAAUCCAUCGGUCUGGCCAGAUCCUGAGGUCUAUGACCCCUCGCGCUUUGACCCAGAAAGCCCCCAGAAGAGGUCACCUCUGGCUUUUAUUCCCUUCUCGGCGGGGCCCAGGAACUGCAUCGGGCAGACUUUCGCCAUGAACGAGAUGAAGGUGGGGCUGGCGCUGACGCUGCUGCGCUUCCGCGUCCUGCCCGACGACACCGAGCCGCGCAGGAAGCCCGAGCUGAUCCUGCGCGCCGAGGGCGGGCUCUGGCUGCGCCUGGAGCCGCUGAGCGCGGGUGCGGAGUGACCCUCAGAGAGCUGUCCUGGGACACAACACCCGCCCACCCACCUUUGCAGAUUCCCGGGAAUAAGAUGGUGAUCACCUGUGCUUGAACUUUACCGAGCGCCAGCAGCGGGCGCAGGGGGACAGA